AUGGCCGGCCCACACGGAAACUCUGACGCACCUCCACCUUCGUACGCUGAUACCUCGAGCAGCAGCAACGCCGUAAAGCUAAGGGAGUCGUUCGCAACGCUUGUGAACGACCAGCUCGAGAUCCAGAAUCUCUUCAAGUCCGUGGCGUGCCAGCUCGAGACGACGCCGCAGCUCGGCGAGCAUCACCCGCUUGCGGAGGAGUGGAACACAUUGCGCCAGUCUAGCAUGGCAAUUAAGGACAAGAAAAUUAUGAUUGAUAAGUUUCUCGAAGUAUGUUCUCAUUCAUCUGAAGAGCAACAAGGCGAUCUGAUGCAUGUGGUAAAGGCUAUCACGGUGCAUCAAGACACUGCCAGAAGAGUUGCAACCAAGUUCCACGAGCUCGGGAAGGAUGUAGAGAGGUUCCAGCUGAAGGUCGCCAGUGCCCUCCGAUGUCAAGCCGAGCCCUCAGGAUUUCUCCAAAGCAUUUGGUCCGGCUUGGAAGAGAUAUGCAUGACAAUAUGGCAAACGUUGCACAAGCUGCUCAGAGCGAUGAUCGACACGUUCCGCUCUAUGCUAUCGCGCAUCCGAACAAUCCGUGUUCACUGCGUUGUGCGCGUGGAUAUCGAGUUUUCCCAAUACUCACACCUGCCCUCGGAUAUGCAAGACGACUCGCCAAGAGCGACUGCCGCACGGGUGAUGGCGGACUGCAAGGAACUUACUGAUCAACUCUCUGGAUUUGAGGAUGCCUGGCACACCGUGCGUUUAUCUUGCGCCGACCUCCUUAUCAACCUCGCUAUGGCCAAGAGCAUGACGUCAGUACCUGCGGUGUUUGAUGCGAACGUCCGUUCGGCGGGGAUUAUCUACACACCUUUGGUCGAGUGUCUACGAGCAUACUCUCUGGGCCGCGCUCCUGGUCCCUAG